UCCAUACGGUCUGCAGCACUGAAGACAGAACACUUGUGGUAAGGUAUCUACCCCCAGGAGGGUGAAGAACAAGCCACACACUGCUUUGGGGAGCCCAGCCUGGAGCAGAACAGCAAGGACAGACACCGUGCUAGUAACCUGCGGUUUGAAGUCAUCACUUUCAGUCCCCUGUGACCAGGGCCAGGGUCUCCACACCUGUGAGAGGAAGCCAAGAUCUAAAGAAUCUGAAAUUUGAGAGAGAAACUGCAGCUGCCAGUUUGUGGGUUGGAACAUUAUUGCUUCACCUCUGCUCUCCCAACAUCUGCGCUAGUGAGUGUGUGGUUGAACUGCCUGCUUCCCUUUCUACACCAGAUCUGGCUCUCCCAUCCACGUAGAGAACCACUCCUGCCGGGGGAAUGAAUUCCACAGAGUCCCACUUCAGAACGGAGGAUUAUGCCAGUACAGAUUAUUCUAUUCCUCCAGACCACGGGCCAUGCUCCCUAGAAGAGGUCAGAAAGUUCACCAAGGUAUUUGUGCCAAUUGCCUACUCCUUAAUAUGUGUCUUUGGCCUCCUGGGCAAUAUUAUGGUGGUGAUGACCUUUGCCUUCUACAAGAAAGCCAGGUCCAUGACCGACGUCUACCUGUUGAACAUGGCCAUCACAGACAUACUCUUUGUCCUCACCCUACCGUUCUGGGCAGUUACUCAUGCCACCAACACUUGGGUUUUCAGCAACGCCCUGUGUAAACUGAUGAAAGGCACAUAUGCGGUCAACUUUAACUGUGGGAUGCUGCUCCUGGCCUGUAUCAGCAUGGACCGGUACAUUGCCAUCGUCCAGGCAACCAAAUCUUUUCGGGUACGCUCCAGAACACUGACGCACAGUAAGGUCAUCUGCGUGGCAGUGUGGUUCAUUUCCAUCGUCAUCUCGAGCCCCACAUUUAUCUUCAACAAGAAAUACAAGCUGGAAAUCCAGGAUCGUGACGUCUGCGAGCCACGGUACAGUUCUGUCUCAGAGCCCGUCACGUGGAAACUGCUGGGUAUGGGACUGGAGCUGCUCUUCGGCUUCUUCAUCCCUUUGCUGUUUAUGGUGUUCUGCUAUCUGUUCAUUAUCAAGACCUUGGUGCAGGCCCAGAAUUCCAAGAGGCACAGAGCCAUCCGAGUCGUGAUCGCUGUGGUUCUCGUGUUCCUGGCUUGUCAGAUCCCUCACAACGUGGUCCUCCUCGUGACUGCGGUCAACACGGGCAAAGUGGGCCGGAGCUGCAGCACCGAGAAAGUCCUCGCCUACACCAGGAACGUGGCCGAGGUCCUGGCUUUCCUACAUUGCUGCCUCAACCCUGUGUUGUAUGCGUUUAUUGGACAGAAAUUCAGAAACUACUUCAUGAAGAUCAUGAAGGAUGUGUGGUGUAUGAGAAGGAAGAAUAAGAUGCCUGGCUUCCUCUGCGCCCGGGUUUACUCAGAAAGCUACAUCUCCAGGCAGACCAGUGAGACCGUCGAAAAUGAUAAUGCAUCGUCCUUUACCAUGUAACAUAAGAGCACAAAGCAACAUUGCCCCAUAGCCUUGGUGAAACUUGCUAUUACAUAUGAAAA